UGUAAGCGCACACAAAAUAAGAAACUGUGAAGAUGAUUGGUCAUUUAUGAAGAGAGAGAAAGGGAAAGAGGGAGCAUUUCCCCAACUUAGUAUCUAUUGUCCUCUCAGAGGUGAGGAGUUUCUCUGCCUGUAAUAUUUUCUUCAAUGAUUACAUGUAGACUAAGUGAGGUUUGUAAUUGUUUGGUGAUCUCAGUUUUUACCCUCCCCUAUGGAUAUCUCUCUCUUUUCCCCCUUUGGUUUUAUCAUCCUUUUGCUAUCCAUGCGAGCAAUUCCUUUGGAGUUUUGAGUCAAUGAUGGCAUCAUCACUGUGAUGACACUAGGAGAGAGUUCAAGGCCUCUUCAUUUGUUAUUUAUGAGGGCAAUAAAUGGAAGAGCGAGAAGAUGUUAGAAAGGAAGAUGAGUUUGCAGAUACUAUCUCAUCCUAUGGCAGAAGAAUCAUUCUUCAAAAUUAUCAGGAGAGAGUUACUUGUUCUGAAAUAAAGAAUUCUUUCUCAGAAAUGAAUUUCUACUCUGAUGAUGAGUUGGUAAUCAUUCAAGAGAAUGGGUUCAAAGCUGCGUACAUAAAAUAAACUAUUCACGACCUUGGAAAGGAGCAACAGUCUUGCAGUAACCGGAGCAGUGAAGACUUCAGAUUCAAAUGCUUUGGACCAGCGUAGGUUUCCAAUGAAGAAACAUGUUGAAUGCCAUGGCAGAGAUUCUGUGAGGAAUACAAUGUUGAAGCAUGAAGACAUUUUCAGGCAGCAGGUUCGUGAGCUCCAUCGUCUGUAUCAAGUCCAGAAGAUGCUGAUGAUUGAGCUGGUGAAAAAGGAAGCAGAACUCCAUUCGUUGCCAAGUACUGAAGCUACAGCAGCAGUGGCAGAUACAAAGACUAGAAUCUGGAGCAGUGCUUCAACCUCCGAGAUAACCCAAUCUUCUCGUGUCAGUAAUGUGAACCAACCUGCAGCUUGCAGCACAAGGGCAGGAGGCUUCCUCUCAAGGGAGCUAAGUUUCUGCUCUCGUGACCGAUCGACUGUGCAUGACAUGGGCUUCGAUCAACCAGCUGAAGAGAACACUUUCAGAGACAGGAACACCAAACAGCUCCGAGAAACAUGGUCUGAUGAUGGAGCUGAAAUUGACUUGACACUUAGCAUAGUUUGCGGUCCUAGAAACAAAAAAGAUCAAAGUGUUUCGCCGUGUCCGAAUGCCUAAAUUGGCUGCUCAGAUCCAACUAUACGAGUGAUAUCAGGUUGAGGCAGAUUAAGCAGGAGAAAGAAGAGGAUUGUGGUGAUUCCUCUUCUGGCCUGGACAGAGAAAUGGUGAAGAGUCCCCCUUGGCUUCUUCGUGCUCUAAAUUUGAACAAGACAUGAAACAAACAUAAAAAUUUGUUUCUUGUUUCCUGCAUUAUUCUUGAUUGAAAACAGAUGGUGAAUGAGGACUUUGAGCAAAGGGCCUUCUACAUUAGCAGCUAAAAUUGAUUGAUUUAUACAGCCAAUAUGUUUCUUUGGGGUUUCAAGUUUGAUAUGUAUAUAUAUAUUUUUUUUCUCUUGAUUUCUUUUCCCUUUGUCAUUUAGAAUUAAAGUCAUCCAACAAUGUAACAUGUCUUUUCAUUCCAAAUAUAUUUAAAAAACCUGAACUUGGUCCA